UCCGGAUCAAGUGAUAAUAACUAAAAAAAUAUUAUAAUUUCCAUCCCAUAAUGGUGGGGCUAUCAGUUCUCUUUACAUUAGCCUGCCUUGUUUUCAUGGGAACAGUUCAGUCACACAAUCAUAAUGAUGACGAUUUACUGGUCGAUGAUUUAUCAGCUCUUUACGAACCUAUGGCAGUGAAGAGAAAUAUUUACGAUAGAAUACGCCAUCGUAAAUUUAACAGACAAGUUUUGAAAAGAGGUCCAGAGACACUUUGGGAACUGGACUAACGACAUUUGGACGAAAAAGAUCACAUAAACUUAUGUACAUUUGUGCAUGACAUUCUUGUCUGUAAUACACUGAAAUAAUUUUGUGUUGCAAGGAACUAAUUUUUUGAUUUGUAAUUUUGCAGUACAAUAAAAGCAAUAAAUCAUUAA